AUGCUUUCCACAGAGGUCACCACAUACACAAGAUAUCCUUCCUCUCAGGACAGGGAGGAGUCUGAAGCAUCCACCCUACUCAGCCCUCUCCAGGACGGGGACUCAGCGCCCAAUCAGGAUGCUGUGGCUCCAUUCGGAUGGUCCCUCAACUGUAAGGCCAUGGUAGUCAUCAGUGUUGGCUUGCUGUUGUUUGGAUCUGGCACAGCACUGUCCUUGCUCUUCUUCACCCAGGUGGGUAAUGUCCCCUACCUGCUGGGACCCCUAUUCCUCUCUAUGGGUCUGAUGUUCCUGGUCACUGGCCUGGUGUGGAUGUCCAUUCUAAAACCUAGCCUGCAGCACAGGUCUUUUACCACGGUCAACUAA